AUGCCUAGCAGAAGUACACUCGUUAGCCCUCGUCGACUCAGACUAACCAGCGCUUGUAGGAAACAAAUCAACCAAUCCGCAGCAAAAUCGGUCUCCCAGUCGCAGGAAGCCUUUAUUUCCAAACUACUGGACGACUGCGAACAUGGUAUAUGGAAACCGUCAGAUCAGCUGCGAGUGGUUGAUCUACGACCAAUAUUGAAACACUACGGCGUCAACAUCUCGCAGGCUAAACGGAAGACGUUGGUUGAUAAUUACAACAUUCUAGUUGCCAAGAAGCAAGGUCAAUCACACUUGCGAAACAACGUAUACACUGAGGUUCCGACUGGGUCCACACAAAAAAAACGAAAAAGGGCUCAAAACUUUGAAAACGAGGAUUGGUUGUCUGCGGUCUGGAAGAAACAAUGUUGCACAAACAAAACUGUUGAUCGAAAAACCGCCACUACCAAACAUCAACUUGACUCUAGCUUGCAAAGACCGCCUUCCAGCAGAAGCAGGGACGCUGAUCUCCUGACAUUAGGCCUUGUCAAAGCGCGCGUCUUACCCGGUACAUCCACCCAAGAUGACGAUGACAAUUCAAGCACGGAUGUCCCUUUGGCGAGCCUUCCCCAGCCAAAAAGAGCGGACUCUAGAGAUCUCCCGACAUUGGGCCAUGUUGAAGCGCGCGUCUUACCCGGUACACCCAACCAAGAUGACGACAACGAUUCAAGCACGGAUGUCCCUUUGGCGAGCCUUCCCCAGCCAAAAAGAGUGGACUCUAGAGAUCUCCCAACACUGGGCCAUGUCAAGGCUGGCCCAAGAAUAACUCAUUCCCCUUUUACAGAUGCUCUCAACACCAUUGCCGAUUCUGUGCUAGGCAAGCGUAAAUGGUCAAAUGUGGACCCUAAUCCAGCGAAUCCAGAGAGAUCAAUUAAACAGCCCAGGAUCAUGAGUGAUGACGUCGAGCCAGUAUUCAAUACGCACAACCGAACGGACCAGAGCUCGAACGAUGCUCAUCCCAAAUCCCCCAAACAAGAUUUCAAUCACCACAACGACAACACUUCCAGUGACGGUGAACCCUUGGCUACCCUCAACAAACGGCCUCCAGCACCAAAUUCCAACUGCAAUAAUCAUUUCAGCUCUGGCAAAGAUCUGUCACCGGCCAGCCUUGCCGACUGCACAUCAUCCUCGAGCACUGAUCACAAGAGUCAAGAGCCAAAGGUGAAGCUGGACAAAGGAAAACAGCGUGUGCAGAAUACAUUCAAUGCUAAGGAAGGACUCAACGCUGUCGGAUUAGGUUCAACCAACGCCUGUGAUGCUCUUCCGGCAAGCCACCACUCGACUCAACUGUCUGCUUUUAAUCAUGUUGGCGAGACUUCAAUCAGAACUGUUGGCACUCUUCCAACAACAAAUGUGUUUUCAGAGUUCCUGAACACUCCCUCUCCUGCCAGUUUUCCAAUGGAUCUUUGUCCUGCCGCGGAGACCCGCCAUAUCACUCCUAUCCAAAUCAACCCAGAGCCCUGCCGCUUUCAUCCUAUUGAAAUCGAACCUCUUCAGAUCGAACGGCGUCUGCCAGUGACCACUCAGGAGCAAAACUUCAAUGGUGUCGAGGGCAGUUCCAGUUCUGCUAAUUUGCCGGGUCCUUUAGAAGAUCCCCGAAAAUCAGAUAUGGAUGUAGAUCAAAGUGUAGACAAAAGAAAUUUGAACGAAUCCCGCGCUCAUUUGGAAGAUUCUCGAUUAUCUGAAGUGCAUGCGUAUUUAUCACUGGAAUGCACCCAAGUACGCAGCAACUCCCACCCGGUUCUACUCAUAUACAUUCAACCCAAUCCUCUCACAGCAAUAGUAUUAACUGUCUUGGCGAAUCCCUUAAUUGCGACGAAGAAAGAAAAUAUGGUGGCAAUUUUUCGAGCAAUCAUGGCAACUCCACAAACAAUGAACUCGAUGUUAUCGACAAUCAUAGCGACUCCUCAAGUAAUGAUGAACUUGAUGUUAUCCGCCAGCUUUUGCCUGAAUCAGCGCAGCCAACACCUGAGGUACCAAAUCCAAAACCCAAUUGACUUAACCAAGCUGUCACUCAAUAGCCCCAAUUCUGAGUCCACUCAUCUUUCCGCCGGCAAAUCAAACCACCAGCAAGAUUCUGAUCCUGAUUACUCACCCAAGUCUCAAGACAUUGAUGAGCUUGCUGCGUCAGAAAAUGCUUCUGAACAAAGCAGGAUAUCCAGAUCAAGUGUCGCCCGCGCCCCCCCUGCUGAUUCUGACUCCCCGCAAAGCGCCAGUGACUUAUUGAAUCCAGGAGGAGAGGAUGAGGUAUCAGAAUCGCAAGGUGCCCACAACACAAGCUUGUCGGGUGCACCUGAUAUGCCAGUUUGGACUCCUGGUCAUCUGCUCACAAAAAAACAAAUCUUGGAAAUUCUCAAGCAGCACAAUGUUCCUCACAAAGGUUGGGACAAGAAGGAAAUCCUCGUCAAGAUAUAUACAAGGUUCUGCAAAUCUGAAGAUCAAGCCAAGAAGCAGUCGAAUUCUGAUAAGCCGAUCCCAUCAACUGCGCCCAAUGAACCGAAUCAGCCACAAGUCAUCUCCGAGGCCACAAUUGCUUCGACACCGCGGUGUGUAUUUGAGCAGUUCUUGAAUGAUGAGCUUCGAGAGCUCUUGGAACCUUUCUCAACAAGUACUGGAAGCUUGUCAAGGAAUAAAUUGAUAUUGCUAUGUGAUUCCUAUGUCAAUCGUAACCAACCUCUAAAGAUUCGAAAUUGUGCCCAUCUUCAGGAAGGUGUGAGCACACCAUGUUCUAACGCGGAUGAUCAACUACCGAUGGACGUGGACUCACCUCAACCAAUUCUCAAGGAACCCUGCGAGUCUACGGUCGCACAAAGUGAACCAAUGGAUUGGAGACUGUCAAAAGAUCCACCUCAUCAGUAUGGCGAUCCAUCAGAGCCUGCUGACUUGAAUGCCUCUCCCAACGCAACACCUACACUGUACAGUAUGGAGCUCACGGAAGUCAACCUCCAAGGUGGCAGUGAUACACGUUCUUGCCAGCCAGCCAAGCUUACAACUUCUCAGAAGACUCCUCGGGGCGGCCGCCUUGCUGAGUUGGUUAGGAUGCAUGUACGCACCUUGUUUGGUCUUAAGACCAAGCAAAAGAUCCCACCGCCCCUCUCCAAAGCUGAAGCACAAAAAUGGGUUGACCAUCCGGAGUCGAACUCAGAAGAUUCCGGGUGCAGUACUAUUGAAUCCAAUGGAGGAACUGAUGAUUCACCCUUCCCUUACCCAGAUGGACCUGGUCAUGCUAAUGCGACGCUCUCAACACUCAAAUUUCUCCGCUGGGAGAUGGAUCGCUACGGAGUUUCUUCAUUUCGUCCAGAUCUGGCCAAACCGUGGGGCAGCCCACAAAAUUCUUUUCUUUGGAACUUGGCUAUCAAAACAUUCAUCCAAUUGGUCAAAAGAGGCGAGUAUUCUGGGAUUAGUUUGGAUCAGUAUAGCCGCACAACAAUUCAAGAUGCAAUCCGCAAUCAUGUCGUUCACAGAUGGCAGAAGCCGUAA